AUGAAGGGGAGCAGCACCUUCCUGCUGGUGGCUGUCACCUUGCUCUGUACCUGCGGGCUGGCCGCAGAGGAGGACAGCAAUGAGUUUUUCUUGGACUUCCUACAAACGCUGCUGGUGGGGUCCCCAGAGGAGCUCUAUGAGGGGCCCCUGGGCAAGUACAACGUCAAUGCAGAUGCCAGGACAGCGCUGACUAAGCUCAAGUCCUGCAUAGAUGACCUGCAGCCCAUGCACAAGGGGGAGCUGGUCAAGCUGCUGGUGCAAGUGCUGAGCAGUAAGGACAGCGCCUAG